AUGAGUGAUUCUAAUCUCAGCACAUUGUCUGCACAAGUCAGCGCAAUCAUCGGUUUUAUCCAGAAACAGCAGAUUUCUUUCCAGAACGAGUUGGCACUUCGCGACAUUAAAAUAGAAAGUUUGGAAAGUGAAAUCAAAAAUCUGAAAACCGAACUUUUGGAGCUGAAAAACUCAAAAGUUCCUCAAGAAGUCAAAACACCUACAAAAAUUGAAAAAGUCAAAGCACUUGAGAAAGUGGAGAAAAUUGAAAAAGCCUUAAUCUUACCGUCGAAAAAUGACGAAACAACACUGGAAGCUCUUUACGAAACAAAACUUAAAGACUGUCUUCAAACAGAACUUCCAGUCAAGAAAGACGACGGGACUACUUGGAAACAAAGCUACGAGACCUUUGUCGCAUUUCCAAUCAUCAAAACCAAUUUCGCCACAAACGAGAAUGGAGUCUAUGUAUCAAAUCAGCAGUGGGACUCAUACUCAACAGUUAAAGUUUAUAAGACCUCCGAGUUUGUGAAGGUCAGUUACACACCAAAGAACUAUUGUGAAAUCACUCUCAACACUCCCUUCCAAAAACUCAUCAGUUUUGGCCUUGUAGAUAACCCGAAUUACACAAACAAGUGUUGUAUUGGGAAAGAAAAGGAGAGUCUUGGGAUGACGAGCGAUGGGUACUUCUCAUGGCCAAAUGGCCAGAAAAAGAAAGCGACGCGUGUCUGGGGUGUUGGUGAUGUCAUUGGUGUGGGCACCGACCCCGACAACAAAUUGGUGUAUUUCACGUUCAACGGGAGAGUCAUCAUGAAAGUCCAAGUCACCUUUUCGAAGUGGUAUGUUGCCCUUCAGACAAACAACUGGAUUGGGUUUGAGGAGAACUUUGGGCGGGACCCAUUCAUCUAUGAUGUUAUUCACUGA